CGUACGUACUGACGCACUUAGAAAUACGUAUGCGGAACUUCGGUUGUAAACAAAUACGUCGACGCGAAACGUUUUUUUCUGAACCAAAACAUCCAUAAACAUAGAGGUUUCGCGUUAUUUUCAGCAUAUUAAGCUGCACGAGAGUGGGAUUGUUUAAUGAAGCACCAGCUCAUUACCAAAACAGGACAGGCUGUGGUGCUCUGGGCCCGAAGGAACCAUUAGAGGCAACAUGUCUCGAAAACAGACAGCCAAAACUGUGAGGAGCAAUAAAAAGAGCGAGCUGGAGCGCAAGAGGGACGAACGGGUAGCACGGCGCGCCAUCGCAAAGGACCGGAAGAACCGCCCUCAGGAUAACGACGACGGGGCAGAGUACGUCAGCUUCUCCAAUCAGCUCCAGGCGCUCGGGCUCAAGCUCAGGGAGGUGCCAGGAGACGGGAACUGCCUGUUCAGAGCUCUCGGUGACCAGUUGGAGGGGCAUUCGCGGGGUCAUCUGCAGCUUCGCCAGGAGACCGUGCAGUACAUGAUGUCCCACAGACAGGACUUUGAGCCCUUCGUCGAAGAUGAUGUACCUUUUCCUCAGCACUUGUCCAACCUGGCCCAGCCUGGCACCUUUGCCGGCAAUGACGCUAUCGUAGCCUUCGCUCGCAGUCAGCAAGUGAAGGUGGUAAUUCAUCAGCUGAACGCCCCGCUUUGGGAGAUAAAUGGCGUGGAGAAGCAGGUGUGUAGAGAGCUGCACAUCGCCUACCGCUAUGGAGACCACUAUGACAGCGUGAGGCGGAUCGGAGACAACUCGGAGAGUCCCGCUCAGCUUUGCAUUGAGACUCUGCAGAAUUCCCGCGGCGAGCAGCGGGAGUUUGGAGACGGUCAGCGGGACAGGCAGAAAAAAGCCUCGCCAGCAGGGUGUGAGGAGGAAAACGUCAUCCUGAGCUCCAUCAAGAAUCGAGGAAUCCAGGGUGACGAGGAGAACCUGCUCCAGCUAAGCGCAGCAACAAUAAACGCCGAGUGGCUCGCUGGGUCUUUGCUCGGCCAGCCGUGCCAGGGGGAAUGCCCCUCAGGGUCCUGUUCAGCCUGCAGAGCUGGAGCCACAGACUGCAGUGAGCAUAACAAGCCAGGAGAGGGCAGCAAUGUUCAGAAGUCUAAGCUUUCAAACAAGCAAAGGAAAGAGCAGCAGCGGCAGGAGAAGAAGAAGCGCCAGGAGGAGAGGCAUCGACAGAAGUUUCUUCAGAGCAAAGGAGGCCACGACCAGAACCAGAACCUGCCAGAGACUGUCACCUUAGUACCAGCUCUCAACACUCUCAGUAUAUAGACUGGGGCGUGGUCCAAACUUCCACACUGCUACUUUUGGUACCAGUGGCUGUCCAGUUUUGCACAUAGUUGAAAUCAGUGAUUCUAUCACAGGGAACGUUUGUUUGUUUGGUUUUUUUUUUCUUAAAAGAGACCUCUAUAGUUUCUUUGCAAACAGUAUAAUGGUGCCUGCAAGCCUGUGCGAGUGAGAACGCGUGAAAGUUGUUACAGAACACGAGUUUGGGUGUUUCUGCUGGAAUCUGAUUACGUUCAGUCCUGGUCUGUGUAUGUAGAAGCUGCACAGAUCCGAUCUACUUUCUACUCUGCCUCUCCCCUUCCGGCGCUGGGCCUCUGGUUUCCGACGGCGACCUCGGUCUGUUUUCAUUCGCCUGAAACGGAGCUGACGUUCAUUCAGGCCAUCCUUUUUUUUGUUCUCAGAGAGGGGAGAGCGGUACUGUAGUGCUCACUGUGUAAGGAACGUGGCAAUACCUGUUAAUAAACGAUCAUUUACUGCUUCUAGUGGAAGAUGAUAUCACGUUGAUCACAAA